AUGGUAAAACUUACGAUAUCACACGCAAUAGCUCAAUCUGUUAAGAUGACAUUAUUUGAAGAGUUAAUUGAGAGCACAAUAGAGGAUACAAAACAUAUUCCUCAAACAAUGUCAAAAACAGGUAAAGUACAAAUAACGGCCAUUACACAAAAGAUUGGUCAGCUGUUUAUUGUGAGAAUAAAUGUGAAUUUGGUUAGUAAUGUAUUGGAUACACCAGAGAUUUUUUGGUCAGAACCUACAUAUCAACCAUUAUACUCUGCAAUCAGAGGCUAUCUUGAAAUAUCACAACGUGUUGAACUACUUAAUCAAAGAGUGUCUGUGAUAAGUGUGUAUUACAUAUUAGAUUAUGACGAUAUUACCGUUGCGAUCUUUUGGAUAUGUUAA